AUGGUAAGUGCAAUGCCCUGCGUUCGAGCCCCAGGACUGGCACCCAAGGGCAGGAACACAGGCUCCAGGCGAGCUUCCUUCCCACCUGACCUGCAGCAGCCAGCGUCAGUGAGCGGUUCCUUUCUGACAGGAGGCACCCCACUGUGCCCCAAUUUGGAGCUGCAGCUGGGCAAGGCAGAGCGCGCCUCCGAAUCUGCUGCUGCCAAGGGGCGGCGGCGUUGCCUCCUGGCUCCCGGCUCUCGGAGCUCGUGUGCCGAGCUGGCCAGCCGGCAGCCGGGAGCAGCUGCUGGUAAUUAUGCGCUGCAGCUUCAGAGGAAGUUGCUGGCUGGGAGAGGGGGCGUCCCCAAGCACAGCACGGUGGUCGAGCGGCUCCGCCAGCGCAUCGAGGGCUGCCGGCGGCACCACGUCCACUGCGAGAACAGGUACCAGCAGGCUCAGGUGGAGCAGCUGGAGCUGGAGCGCCGGGACACCGUCAGCCUCUACCAGCGGACCCUGGAGCAGAGGGCCAAGAAAUCGGGCGCCGGCGCCGGCAAGCAGCAGCACCCCAACAAACCCCAGCAAGAUGCGGAGGCUGCCUCGGCGGAGCAGAGGAACCACACUCUGAUCAUGCUCCAAGAGACUGUGAAGAGGAAGUUGGAAGGAGCCCGCUCACCUCUUAAUGGCGACCAACAGAAUGGAGCUUGCGAUGGGAGUUUUUCUCCGACAAGCAAGAGAGUCCGGAAGGACCUUCCUGUGGGAAUGGACGCCAUUAACAGUCUCCCCAACAGCAUGCCCCUGCCUUCGGCUUCCCCUCUUCACCAGCUGGACCUGAAGCCUUCUUUGCCCUUGCAGAACAGUGGAACCCACGCCCCGGGGCUUCUAGAAGAUCUGAGUAAGAAUGGUAGGCUCCCGGAGAUUAAAAUCCCUGUCAACGGCUGCAGCGACCUAGAGAACAGCUUCACUCUCUUGCAGAACAAGGACCUCAAACAGGAGCCUCUGGACGACCCCGCCUGCAUGGACACUUCAGAGACGUCCCUUUCUAAUCAGAACAAGCUGUUCUCAGACAUCAACCUGAAUGACCAGGAGUGGCAGGAGCUGAUCGAUGAAUUGGCCAACACGGUUCCCGAGGACGACAUACAGGACUUAUUCAAUGAAGACUUCGAGGAGAAGAAGGAGCCGGAAUUCUCACAGGCAGCCACGGACACCCCGCUGUCCCAGGAGAGUACCAGUGUCAAGAGUGACCCCUCUCACUCGCCUUUUGCCCAUGUCUCCAUGGGAUCGCCUCAGGCCAGGCCCUCAUCUUCCGGUCCUCCCUUUUCUACCGUCUCCACGGCCACUAGUUUACCCUCUGUGGCCAGCACCCCUGUGGCCUCCAACCCCGCCGGCUCGCCAGCAAACUGUGCGGUCCAGUCCCCCCAAACACCAAACCAAGCCCACACUCCUGGCCAAGCCCCGCCUCGGCCCGGCAAUGGCUACCUGCUCAAUCCUGCAGCAGCCCCGCCAGUGGCGGUGGCAGGCUCUGGGUCGGGGCCUGUGGCUGUGCCCAGCUCUGACAUGUCCCCCGCUGAGCAGCUCAAGCAGAUGGCAGCCCAGCAACAACAAAGGGCCAAACUCAUGCAGCACAAGCAGCAGCAGCAGCAACAGCACUCAAGUCAGGCUUCAAGUUGGUCUCCCUUAGGGCCGCCCUCCAGUCCGUACGGAGCUGCAUUUACUGCGGAAAAACCAAACAGCCCAAUGAUGUACCCCCAAGCCUUUAACAACCAAAACCCUGUAGUGCCUCCGAUGGCGAACAACCCGCAGAAGACGUCCAUGAAUAACUACCUCCCUCCCAACCCCAUGACUAUGAUCAGUCAGCAGCCCAGUAGCCUGGGGCCCAACUCCUUAAACAAGCAGCACGGCCUUCUCUCCUACGGCAACACUAAACCUCUGACUCACUUCAACGCGGACCUGAGCCAGAGGAUGACGCCCCCCAUGGCCAACCCCAGCAAAACCCCCCUGAUGCCCUACAUCCAGCAGCAGCCACAGCCACCCCACCCACCCCAGCCGUCGCCGCAGCCACCAGCCACGCAGCAGCAGCAGCUCCAGGCGCCCAGGGCUCACCUGAGCGAGGACCAGAAGCGCAUGCUCCUCCUGAAGCAGAAGGGAGUGAUGAGCCAGCCCAUGGCCUACGCCGCCCUGCCGGCCCACAGUCAGGAGCAGCACCCCGUGGGGCUCCCCCGGCCCACAGGUCCCAUGCAGCCUUCUGGGCCCCCGGGCUCCAGUGGCAUGGUCUCCGGAGGCAGCCCUGUGGGGCCUGGCUUCUUGGGGAGCCAGCCACAGGCUGCCAUCAUGAAGCAGAUGUUGAUGGACCAGCGGGCUCAGCUGAUGGAGCAACAGAAGCAACAGUUUCUGCGGGAGCAGCGGCAGCAGCAACAGCAGCAGCAGCAACAGCAGAUUCUGGCCGAGCAGCAGCUGCAGCAGGCGCAUCUCCCCCGGCCGCACGUCCAGCAGCAGCGGAGCCCGUACCCCGGGCAGCAGGUCAGCCAGUUUCAAGGCUCCCCCCAGGACAUGGCUGCGGCAAGAAGCCAGGCGGCCCUGCAGAGCCUGCGGACAUCCCGGAUGAUGGCCCAGAACACGGGCAUGAUGGGUAUGGGGCCCUCCCAGAACCCAGGGACGAUGGCCACCGCCGCAGCCCAGUCGGAGAUGGGACUGGCCCCUUACAGCGCCCCUCCGACCAGCCAGCCAGGGAUGUACACCAUGAGCACAGGGAUGACCCAAAUGUUGCAGCACCCAAACCAAAGUGGCAUGAGCAUCCCCCACAGCCAGGCCCAGGGACCACGGCAGCCUGCCUCGGGCCAAGGGGUAGGGAUGGUGAGCGGCUUUGGGCAGAGCAUGCUGGUCAGUGCCCAGCACCCGCCGAUGAAAGGCCCAGGGGGCCAGGCCUUGCCCAGGACCCAGGGCCCCUCCAGGCUGCAGUCCGUCAUGGGGGCCGUCCAACAAGGAGCACAAACCUGGCAGCAGAGGAGCCUGCAGGGGCUGCCCGGGAGGACUAGUGGAGAACUGGCACCCUUCAACAAUGGAACCAGCUACCCGCUUCAGGCCGCCCAGCCCAGACUCACCAAGCAACACUUUCCGCAGGGCCUGAGCCAGUCGGUCAUGGACACUAACCCUGCCGCGGUGAGGACCCUCAACCCGGCCGCCAUGGGUCGGCAGAUGAUGCCGCCGCUCCCUGGGCAGCAGGGUGCCAGCCAGGCACGGCCAAUGGUCAUGCCCGGCCUGAGCCAAGCAGUCCCUGGCAUGCCGGCCUUCAACCAGCCCUCAGCACAGCAGCAGAUACCCGGUGGCAGCUACGCCGCAAGCAGCCAGAGCCAAGCCUAUGAGCGCCCCCCUCAGGACAUGUCGUACAAUUACAGCGGCGAAGGGGCUGGGCCUUCCUUUGCUGGCCUCCCGGACAGUGCUGACCUCGUGGACUCCAUCAUCAAAGGCGGGCCGGGGGAUGAGUGGAUGCAAGAACUCGAUGAGUUGUUUGGGAACCCCUAGUCCCGUGGGGUCCGGAGAGCCACACGUGGAAUGGUGAAAGUGUCACAGAUAAAAGAAACAGGAUGCCAGUCCAUCCUGGGUUGGCUUUUUUUUUUUCAAUUGUUGUUUUUUGACCCACGUACACGAAGCAGAACUGCAGCUGGCUGGUGGUAGAAAAUCCAGAUGUGAGUCCCUGGCUCCACAGGGCCUCCCUCCUUCCAACUGAUUUUCACACCGCAAUCACGUCGAGACGGCA